CUAAAUUAUCGAAAGGGUGUAUUGUAUUUAUCUUGAUGAGGGAUAAAUGUCUGGAUCAUUCUUUAUCCCUUCCCGCAAGAGCAUGCUUAUCUCUUUAUUCUGUGACUGAGAUGCUUAUCCCUCUCAAUCCUCAUAUUUGUUAUUAUGGCGACUGAACAGGAGCAAGGUUCUGGCAGAGUAGUAAAACAAAGUAUGGGGGAACUAUCCUAUGGUAGGUAUAUGAUAAAACGGCAUCAGAUCGUAUGAAUUGGUCAAUGUUAACUAUUUGCGUUUUCGAUAUUAUAAACACUAAACAAACACUACUAGUACUAGGAAUCAAUCGAAUCAUUGAUCGCUGAAGAAGGAGGCCGACCUUGAAAUCUGAAUUCUGAAAUGUUCCACAUUGCGCUAUAAUUUGAUGCGAAAUUUCGGCCCGACUUUUCCACAGCCAGAUACGUUUUAUACUUACCCAGGUAACUAAAAAUAUUUGAAACUUCGUUUUGGGCUAGCAUUUGCUACAUGUACAGUCGAGUUCAAAAUACUUUUGCCUCAAAAUCCUCAAAUAGACGCAAACUCAUUGCGACAUUCAAUUUACGUUUAUAAGCCGGAAUUAUUCAUUUUAGUUAAAUAUUAGUAUUAUGGAAAGAAAAAAGAAAAAAAAAAUUGACAUCAGAAUAAAUUAUCAAUAUAUUUAGUAAAUUUAUUAUAAAUUAUGAUAAAUUUAACAUUGGAAUGUGACUGCCAAUUAUUUUGCCAAUUACCAUGCAAUAAUAAGGUGAUUACCGAUUAAUUGCCUUAAUUAUGAUGAUGGUUGCCUAUUUAUCAGCUUUGCUGAUUAUUUUCCAAUUAAUCCAAUUUGAGCACCAUAGCUCUCGCCUUGACAAUUAAAUUAUUGUGUGGCAUUAGCUGCAUUAGACAGCGAAAAAUAAUGAAAUAGGGUGCAUUGAGGCACAUUGCAACUCAAUGGGUUAAUCAGUUCUUCUCUAGUCUCAAUAGCAAUUACUUUAUAAUUUCUCAAUCUGCUGACAAUUUAAAAUCUUCAUACUAUUAUUAUUAAAAGUUUAUAAUAAACUUCUCCAUUAUCAGUGCAUGUUAUGUCCUAGGACAGGGGCAAGAGGAUAAAGCAGUUUCUGCAAGAGAUGGUCAAAGAUUAACAAAAGUAUGAUCAAAUGUUAGAUUGAUAUUGUUGGAAAGCACAAUUCAAAGACACAACUAUAAAAGAUUGAAGCGUCUGUGCAUUCUGUGUACAAAAGUUUGAAGGUUGCCAGUUUGCAUCGAGCUGCAAUUAUUUAUAUUAACUUGGGUGUAUAUUAUGUAUGCAGUUUAAUGGUGUAAACUACAGUAGUCUGUAUAUGUAGGGGUGGUUAAAAUCCUUCUGAAAUGGCAUGCAAGGUCUAUGCUCUAUAAUAAAGUUAAUUGGGGGUACCAUUCAUCAAAUAAUGUUGAACAUGUAUACAUUUCUCUAAACUAGUUUUACCCUGGCUUAGUUCUACCCAUUUUCUCAGUUCUAUCUAUUUCCUGUAAGCAGUGAGGCAGAACACUUUUAAAUAUUAGUCCUGUUCGCCCAUAUUUAUACCACCUUACUCUGCAUGGCUGAACAGUGAUCCAGCAAGGUUUUUUCAGGGGGAUGCUGGGCGAGGAGCCAAUCACCCCAAACCCAGCAUACUGUCGUGAACAUGAAGUAAGGUCGCAUUUUGGUGGAAAUAGUGAGGGAGGUGGAAAAAAUUUAGAGGAGGUGCAGCGGUCUAGCUCAUGACCCCCAUGGAAAGUUAGGGCUAACUGUAGAACAGGCCAUAGUCAACAACGUGAUGUAUGCAUAUAGUUAGAGUGGAUUGAUAUCGCAAAUACCGAAUACCGAUAUACCGCCAUCAGAAUACUGGUAAAUAUCGGUAUACCGGUAUUUUUAACGUGUUUUUGUUAAGCCAAACUGAACUGCUGACCGUCAGGAAAAAUCAAGUUUUGACAAAAUAUUAAUGUGGCACAUACUGUUAUUAGUACAAAUAUCACAAGAUUCGCAUUAUCAAGCUAUGUUAAUGGCGCUACGCGGCAAUUAUUAGUAGGCCGCCGAAGUGUUGAAUCUGUGAGUAUUAACUUUGCUUUCUAAACAUAAUUGUAAGCAAGUUUGACUUGAAAUAGCGUUUCAAUUCGGUAUUAGGCAGCAAAAUACCGGAAUGUCGGUAUAUCGGUAUUUUUAAAUUGUCAAUAUCGCCAAACUGGUAUCUAAAUAAAUACCGGUAUACCGGAUAUAUCUGGUAUAUCGAUCCACUCUACAUGUAGUGUGCAUAUGUAUCAGUGUAUUAAUGAAUUAUGACUGUAUGACUCAUCCAAUUUUGCCCUUCAUUACAAUUGCUACAAAGUUUCUUUCAAAACAUUGCAUUAAAAGGGUAUUUGUCACUGUUUCAAUUUUACAGAAAAAAACGUUCUGACGAAGUGUGACCCUAAGCAACCAUCAACUUAUCACUUUGAUCUAUCAUUGAAACUUUCCCAAGGGGAGACGCAUCACUUUUCAGGGGAGGUGCAAACAUUCUCAGGGGAGAUGCGAAAUGAUCUCAGGGAAGGUGUGCACCUCCCCACACCUCCCCUCAAAAUCCGGCCAAGUUGUCAUGAAGUGCCUUGAUACUGUGAUUGUGUGAAAGAGAAAAUGGAAUUUUUUCACAUUUGAGAAUAUUUGAUUUUUUCUAAUUUUCUUUUCUUUAUCAGUUACAGUAGAUACUUAUAAUCAUGUUAGACGUUUGCCGCAAAUUAAAAAUUUGUUUUAGUCAAUCUUUAGUUAGCCCAAGACUGAUAACAAAUUUUAAAUGUUUGAAUGCCUCAAACAUUUAAAACUAUUAGAUAAAUUCAAUUUUGUGCACCCCCUUGCACCCUUGGCCUACAGGGGUGUGCACCCCCCCCCCCUAUAAAUCCACCACUGUGGCUGAAGAAGUUAUAGAGAGCCCAUGGAGUAAUGCUAUACCUCUAUUGUCUAAGAGGCUAACACCAAAUUCAAAAUGUUCAGUUCAAAACUUCAAAAUUUAGUUGAUGUAAGAAUCCUGAUGUUACAAGCCAACUCCAAAAAUUAGGUUGAGACCAUGGAGCUAUAAUCCUGGGCAUAACUGGUUGAUAUUACCUUACCCCUGUAUUCCCUCUAUACAAGAUUCACAUACCGCUUAUGAUUAAUUUCCAUGUUAAAUCAUGUUGCGCUUCUUCAGGCCCCGCUCCCCCAAUUCAAUGUUGACCUUCCGUCAUCAGAUGGUAAAUUUCCAAAAGUUGUUUUGGUGCUGUUUACAAUAUUGAACUAGGGGAGUGUGGAUGACAGUUUGCUUGCAUUAACUUUGCAAUUAUAUUGGCUGGAAUGGUCUCAAGGGUUAUGUCCAAGAUUGUAUCUUAGAUAAUCUAAACCUGGCAUACUGCUUUGACAACUAGAAAAAUCCUUGAUUACCUAUUUACCUCCACAUAAAAAAAAACUGCAGGAGAGAGAUGCGCAGGUGAUAAGGAUUAAGGUGAAAAAAUAACAUCCUGGUUACAGAACACUAUGCUUAAUUGGCACUAGAAGAAAAAAAUUCCGCAAUUUAAUGAAAUUGGUGGAUUCAGUUGUAUCUUAGAGUAUUAUUCUGACACUACAAAACACAAUGGGAAAUCCAUUGCCUCGAGCGGGAUCGCGUCUGCGGUCAAUGAUAUAUGAAACAAGUUUUUCAUAUCCCUGAGGAUAAGACAUUUUUUAACUCGGGUCUGAAUAUUUGCGUUUCCGUUAAGUGCCAUUCUCAUGGCCUAGCGCAAAGCGCUAGACUUGGCUGAGAUUCACUGAAACUUUUGGCUUUGAAGUGAAAGUUAGCUUAUAUUGUUUUGUAUUGAAAACAAACAAAAUUUUAGCCGCAGUGUGACCAGAUAUUAUGCAAGGCAAGUACUAAAUAAGCAUGCAAAAAAUUACCAAAACGUAGAAUAAAUUACUAAAUUUCUGCUGUCAACCAAAGUGGUUUGAAAAUCAAUAAAACAUCUCAGCAAAACAAAAUCAGUAAAACGCUUUCCAUCACUGAAACUAUGUUUUUUCCAUGUUUUUCUUUCUCACUUGUACUUUUUGGUUGCAAUUGUGCAAAAUGCAAAUAUGACGCCGCAAUGAUUGGGCCCGGGUCCCUAACCCGCAAUCAGCUCAGGGUGAGUGGUGAUCAGCAGGAUUCCCUCUCAUUGAAUUUUUGAAUAACAGGUUGUGUCAUUAUGGUAAUUGGUUGAAUUUCAUGAGAUAACAAAAAUAUUACUAACUUUAAGAGAAAUUACUAAAAAAAUUACCAAAAAUUUUCAAUUUAUAUAAUACCAAAAAAGUCAGAAAAAUCGCGAAAUAUUACCAAAAGUAAUUUAAAUUACCAAAUCUGAUCACACUGAUUUUAGGCUAGAUGUAGCCUGCGUGGCAGGCGGUUUUUCUACUGGCAGCGAAAAUUAGGGAGGAAAAGGAUUUCCUUCGCCUCCCUAAAAACCGCCUGCCACGCAGGCUAGGCUGGAUGGCAUCCUCACAACACUGAUUUUGAAGUUGAACAAUCCUAUAUUUUUACUUUAUUUUUUCAUAGUAGUUAUGUUAUUUUUGGCAGGUCUAAAUUGGGAAAUUGCUAAAGCCCGUUUUCCACUCACGUAUUUCGCCGCCGCUGGCGAAAAAUUUCGCCACCGAAAAAGUUCAUUUGUUGUUCUUUCGCGCCGUCAACGAAAGGUCAAACAGAAGUUGAAAAUUUUAAGCAACUGUAGCAGGAGAACAAAUUUCUUCAGCGGCGAAUGAAUGUAAAAAAAUGAUUUCUUUGUCAAAAUUUUUCGCCAGCGGCGGCGAAAUACGUGAGUGGAAAACGGGCUUAACGCCGAAUUUUUAAGUGUGGCUAUUACACCCUGCAUUGUUUGCGUUUUCUCCAGAAUAUCAUAUUGGGCCUAGUAAACCCGAAACAGGCAAAUACAAAUUUCAGUCGUGUUGUUCAGAAUGUCACCCCUUGUAAAAGUGGUAGAUUCUUCUUGAUUUUAUCAUUUUCAUCUGCAGUCAAAUUUGCAGUAUCCUGAUCACUGAUCUAAUAGCAGAUCAUUGAUCCCAAUGUCCAUAAUAUGUAUUUUAACCUGCAUGCAUACUGGACAUCACAAGCUCAGUGUCCACUGGGACGCUAAACAAAUUUCUCUCCUUUACACUGUCUGCAGUAUCUCCUAUGUCUAUAUAUAUAUAUAAACAUGCACUGCAAAAAAUAAUGCACCCAAUAAUGCUUUUUUGAGUAAAGAUUUAUUUUACUCAAAACAAUGAGUAAACGUGCUCAUAACUGAGAUUCACCGAAUUUAUUACAAUUGAAAACUACUUUUGCAUUUCAAUGUUUGGUAUAGUCUCCUGCGCAGCCGUUUUUAGGGUUGACAAAAGGUAGUUAGCCAUUUGUACAUAAACUACCAUAAAUGUUUGGAUAAGAACUAUCCAAAUGUGGGAUACUUGAUUUUUUGGAUGAGUAUAUACUAUAGGUUGAAUUUCAAAUUUCAAGCCUGCUAUUUUCUUUUAAUUGAAACAGAUCAUCCAGUUUUGGAGCCACUUUGUUUUCCUGAACACAAUUCCAAGGCAAAUUUCUCCAUUCCUCUAUUUUGUUUACUGUGUGAUAAAAUGUUCAAGGAUGUUGGAAUGGAGAAGAGUGAUUCUCUUCUUCAUCAUUUGCUUGUUGAACAUCAAUUCGUUAUUGCUGACGUGGAUCUCAUUGCUGAUUUUAAAAGGUAAGAAAUUAUUAUAAGCUGAAAAAUAUAAUUAAGUGUUAAAUGCAAAAAAUAUAAUUAAGUGUUAAAUGCAAAGAAUGAGAAGACUUAGUAUAUACAUGCAGUAGUAUUAUUAAAUUUCGGAAGGAAAAGGUAAGAAAGUUGGACAAUAGGCAAACAUCCAUCACCACAGCUAGAAAAAGCAUGUUAAAAUUAGUAAAAUUGCAAAGUUUGGCCGGGAAAUGUUAUAAAAUGCAGAAAAUAUAGCCCUGCGAAAUUUGCAAAUUUUGUAUUAAUUUGUAUUACGCGCGGGAAAAUGCACCAUUACAUGUAAUUGGGCCGAAGUGGUGCAUUUUCCCGUGCGUAAUAGACAUUAAUACAAAUUUCGCAGGGCUAUAUUUUCCUCAUUUUACAACAUUGCGCAACCAAACUUUGCAAUUUUACUAAUUUUAACAUCAUGCUCUUUCUAACCAUCAAAAUUUAGUCAAUAGCUGGAAUCAUCCUUUCCUUCUCACAUAAUUUUGUUGGGCAACCCAAUAAUCCAUCUUGUCAGCAGCAAUAAUAUGGAGUUUGGAAUGCCUAAAAAAGUACUAUGCCGUAAUGUAAUAUAGGCAUAAAGAUCCACUAAUCAUUAUUGGUGAGUUUUUUUUCUCGUUAAGCUAUAUUCAUUACUGGAAAAGAAGGUUUCGAGAAUCACCAAUAACAGACUUUUGUUCUGUGAUUAACAUCAACUCCAGAGCUGAAGGUAAAAACUUUGCUGUUGGAAUAUACCAUUAUUUUUUUUCAGUUAUAUACUUGAGAGGUUGCAGGAUAAAUCGACCUGAAAAAUAUAAUAAGAAUUUGGACGUUUCGGGCAAAGGUCCUUCAUCUGGAAGUUAAUAUAGCUGUCACUCUUCAGACGUACAGUACAGUCAGUGACAAAAGAUCUUUGGACACAUACUAUAUACUUAGAAAAAACCACGGCCAGCUGACAAUUUAAGAAAAUAUAAAAAGAAACAAGUUUGAUGAUGACUUUGAAAUUUCAAAUGAUGAUGACUUUGUCUGAUGAUGACUUUGAAAUAAAGUCGAACAUUCACAGUUUCACUGAAACAUUCGUCUUGUAUUAAUUCAAAUCUUGAAUUUCAUGAUGGCAUUAUCAUUCGGAAUUUUUUCUUUCUACUGUUCGGCAUAAUAACACCAUCCUUCCCCCACCCUGAACAAUGUUGGGUCGUUGGCAAGCAACAUGCAUUUGCGCAAGUUUUUGUCGACACAACAUUCUCUAGAGACCUUACGAUUUUAGGACGGCAACGCGACGGCGACGGCCAAAACAAACCCCUUCAAAUAAAUGGUAGUAAAGUGUAUUAUCAAUCGUAUGCAUUUAAUACAGUUUUAGAAGUUGAAGACAUGGGUUUUAUGGUUGGGAAGAGUUCUGCUAAACUCAGUUUGAAGUUGCACUUGUUGUGACUUGCAAUGCAGCCGUUGUAUCAAGACGUGAAAAUCUGUGAUUUGGCGUUGUAAACAGAGCGAGGACAAUGUCUAAAUUAUAUUCAUAUAUUGUAAUUACUCAAUUCUUUUCAAUGAUCUAUUGUAUUAGUAGCCGUUGCCGUCGCGUUGCCGUCCUAAAAUCGUAAGGUCUCUAUUGAACGAGGGGCUCGGGAGUCGGUUAUGUUGCAAACGUUUGUAGCUGUACCACCCUUCACAUGGACGGCCUAAUUGCUCGUUCUUGUUACAUUUUUCAGGUAGUUUGAAGCCUGAAGGGACAUUUAAUCACUUUGUACAUUACAUGUUCGUCUGUAAUGAUAAAUUUAAUAUGUGUUGUUUCUAGACAUUGGACCAAAGUUGCAAUAUAACUUACUAUGUGAUGGAUUACCGGAGGAUAAGCAACUGCGGGAACAGUUGCAAAUGAAUAAGCUGGUAAGUAGAGAUUAUGCUCAGAAAAAUCUUUUAUAUAUAAUUAUUAUUUGUACUGUAAAAAUUGAUAUCAUGAUAAUGCUUGGAUGGCAAAUAUUCUCCCUGAUUACAUGUACUGCACAAGUCUAAAGGCUGGUUUACGCUAUCUAAGUCUGUGUGAUCACAGUAGGGAUUGUGCAUAAGUAAAGUUUUGAACGAUUUAUAAGAAAUGUUUGAGGGAGGUGAUGUGUUAACACUACACAGAUUUAGAUCGAGGACGCGGACGUCAAAGACGACGUGGAAAUGGCGUCAAAAUGGCGUGGCAUAUCCAUAUAAUAUAGAUUAAGUAACCUUUUCCACAACUUUAAUUGCUUUUAACAACUUUGAACAUUGAACAAAUGAUGCUCUUGAUUGUCUAAUCCACAAAUUUCGAUCCAAAAAAGCCGCAAUAAUAUGCAAACGUUCGUGUUUUCCAGGACGCCAUUUUGCUAGCAAGUGUCAUGGCGUGAGCAUGACGUGUACAUCUAGGGAAAUUUGAGGACACGAAUUCCUAUUAAGUUACACAUCUGGUAUAUACUUCAUCGGUGUCCAUAUACAUGGGCACAACACGCCAUUUUCACGUCGUCUUUGACGUCCACGUCCCUCGAUCUAAAUCUGUCUACUGACUCAGUUAGGUCGCUGCACCGGAAUCGCGUGGCCGCAUGUUUGAUUCCAGGGCGCUUAUAACCUCUGGAAGAACUAGAAUAUAUGCAUAUCAAAAUAUUGAAAUGUUCAAUCCUUAUUUGAAUAUGCAAAAGUUGCUUAAAGAAUAAUUAGUUUCCGCAUUGUUGAUUCGCCUUAAAUUUGAAAAUAUAUUCCCUUAAGUGUACAGGGUGUCCCAAAAAACCCGAAAACUAUUGAAAUAAUUACGUAUUGUUAGAAUUUGAAGCUUAUAUAUAUAAGCGCCUAAGCCGUUGCAUUUUUCGCGGUUGCUUCUGGUGUGGUCUAAAAUUGUAUGUAAUCUUCCGCUCGAAUUUCCAAUCUACAAAAACCCUUCAACUGUUAAUUCUAUUGAGCGAAAUGCCCAGAAAUGUCGAUAUUUAAACUUAUCUGUAUAAUCUCGUGCUUUUUUUAAUUAAUUAUUCCUUUGUAUGUAGCAAGACAUGUUACAGCAUCAACAGCAAGAAAGAACAGACAGCCACUUUUCAAGAGAUUGCCUUUUCUGUAAUGACCACUUUGAAGGGAACAGGUAUUAAAACUCAGUGUGUUAUACUUUGUUCUUUUACUCAGCUGGUAUAUUAAGACCAUGUCUGUGAUAAAAUCGAGCGGGCAAGCCCUGGGUACGAGGUUGGGCUGUGAGUUGGGGAGCUAUUACAACCUAGUUCCAUUAUGUUAUCAGCGCUUGCAAAACGUACAUUUCAAUCACGCUUUUACGAUUUUGGCAUUUUUCUUUAUUCAAACAUAAAAGUAAAAAUUGAACGGCAACAUCCGAAAUUUCGUAUUCCUGACUUGCCCAUGCCUAUGGUCUCGGCCGACAUAGCCAGGAUGUCGCCAGGCGAGUGAGCCCACUUCCUCAUAUGAACUCGAUGUAAAUUUUACUAGGAGGUGAGAUCAUAGAUGAACAGGCCCAAACUGAAAUAUUGCCUACUGAAUUAUGGGUGCUAAAAAAUUCCAUUUAUAUGAUUUACAUAUACUUUACAGGCAGGAAACGUUAACUCCCAGGGUCCAACAAAACACUUACAGGAACAGCUAAGAACUGAACUGCUAAGAACUAAAUAACAACAGCUGAAAUGAGUACCGUAAGGGUUUAUUUUUGAAGGUUAGCUGUCGACUUCGAAAUGUAUUUUAGCAAGAGACCACGAGACUGUCCUCAGUUGAACUUCGUACCCAGGGAGGUACGAGCAGCCUAGUUAACGUUUGUUAAUGUUCGCCUAAAACUAUGAAAAGCAAAGUGUCCAGUUAUCAGUCAAAAUCCAAAGUCAUAAAAUGCAUUCAUAAAUUAUCUUAUAAAUCAUCAUGCAAUUUUCAGAUCUGUUUUGUUUCAACAUAUGGUUGAUAAACAUGCUUUCAACGUUGGCCUCCCAGACAAUCUUGGUAAGUGCAGUAUACAUAUUUAUUUUUCUCUCGAUAUUUGAUCUAUACCUGGUAUCCUGUCGAAGACAAAGUGUUAAUGGCAAAGUUUCCAGCAUGCAUUGGUAUAGCCUGUUUUCUUGAUUAGGCGAAUUUGUUCGCGCGAAGCGAAAAACACAUUUUGGUAAUGCAUGGUGAAAAGCCGAAGGAUCAUAUCCAACUUUUCGGGGGAAAGUAGGAUUGGGUCUAAUUUCGCAAAGGGUUAAUUAAAUUUUUGAGAGGGGAGGGUUGGGCAAGUGCCAUGCAAAAAAAAUCCAAUUCGAGCACAACUUUAACCUGAGAAAAAAUAUAUAUAUAUCGUGCACAGCAAUCACCCUCUCCAGAAAAAGUUUCUGCAAAGCUUCAUGGUUUUAAGCAUAAGCAUGUUUACGCGUGUAUCUCACUGCCAAAAUUUGCUUCUCGCUUCGCGCGAACAAAUGCACACACUGUUGAUUCAAAAAUCCCUCCUUCGUAUUCUCAUGAAUCGUGAGCAAAUAGCCUUUCGUCUUGGUUCAUUAGAACGAGGCUGGCAGGCCAAGGGAGUAUUCGUGACGUAAUUAUCGAAAGAAUAUAUUUGCCUGGUGGAAAACCAGCUUAAGGAAUUUUAUGACUUACAUUCUAUGCAUUUAUGAGAAGCGCUGGCGGGAAAACCGUAUAUUAUUAUAAAAUAUUGAAUAUAUUAAAUUGUAUACAAUGUUUCUUAGUUCACGUCAAUGAAUUAUUGGAUAAACUGGAAGAAAAGUUGAAUAAGUAAGUAUAUCAGUUUCUUUAUUUCACAGGGUCUGUGCCAGUGUAGGUAGCGACGAUAACAAGACAGCGGCGGAUUAAGGGAGAUAUACUACUACCUAAAACUACAAGCAGAAUUUCGAAGUUCCCGACGAAGGGCCUUCGCUCGAAACGUCGACGUUCUGCUUGUGUUUUUCAGGUAGCUGUAUCGCUCUCAAUUCGCAGCUGUCUCUAUUUCGCACCAAAUUGUCAUGCAUGUCAUAUAUAGUAAAGGCUGCUCUCCAGUCAGCGUUUUUCAUACGUGCACGGAAAAGUUUAAAUAUUUUUAAAUUUAACACUAGUAUAUGAAUUACCUGUACAAAUGCAUAUUAAAUUAUUCACAAAACUAUAUGCUUCCCUUUUAUUCAGUUAUUUCAUAAGUAACAUUUAAAAAGAUUAAUUAAACUUUUCCGUGCGUAUACGCACGUAUGAAAAACGCGUGACUGGAGAGCAGCCUUGACUGCAGAAAUGAUAGAUAAACGGAAACCUUUAUAAGUUCUUAAAAAAUAUCCAGAAAAAUAUAUAAUUUAGUAUUUUGCUUUGUGUAACGCGCCAGAGUUUUCACACGUUUGAAUUCCAAACAGUUUACUUCUGAGUGAGAAAGUCCUCGGACGGUAGAGAUGUACAGAUAGGACAGUAUAAAUAUUAAUUUUAAGUUACGUAUUUCAGUUACUUGCUUUCUCAUAUUCUUAUUCGCUUUUGUUUUGUCAUUAUACUAUUCCUUUUCAGUCUUCAGUGCUUAUUUUGUGAGAAGACAUUUAAAGACAGACCGACACUGAAAGAUCACAUGAGAAAGAAACAACACAAGAAAAUUAAUCCAAAGAAUAAAGAAUUUGAUAAAUAUUAUCUCAUAAAUUAUCUGGUACGUUGGCCAUGAUUUGUACAUGUUUAAAUAUAGAUUAUAUCAGAGGCAUAGGCGUCGAAUGCUAAGGAAGAAGAGAUCUCGAAGUUGCCUGUAAAGCAGCUAUAACUUUAAGCUAUAAGCUUUACAGGAAAUGACUUCGAUAGUGGUCUGGGCGGAGUGCGGCAUUGCAUGCACUCCCCGGGAAAAUGGGAGCAAGUUGUUUUGAUGGUUACAAUGAAUUGCUCCGCCAUUAUAGUAGAUAAUAUACUUUAUUAUAUAAUAUAAUAGAGAGUGAGAUACUGAGAAAUACACAGUGACAUAUUUUCCAUAUCUUCACUAGUGAAGAUAUCGAUCACGUGACUUUUGGUAUUGAUACAAUUUUUGCUUGGGACUAUAUAAUAAACAGAACAUUACACGGUGGCUUGAAGAUAUGAAUUUUAUCUUCUCGUGUUAAAAACAAUAUUUUACUCACUCGCUGCGCUCGUUCGUAAAAUAUUGUUUUCACCACUCGAAGAUAAAACGUCAUAUCUUCGCGCCGCCGUGUAAUAUCCUCUAUGUAUACUACUAAAAAUAUAAAUAUGUACUUACGCUCUUGUCACGGAUACUUUGAUCUGAGCUUAAUGGGCUCAAAUUCCGAGAAUAACGCUUUUCUUGAAAGCAUUCAGAAAAAUAAAUCGCUUAUAGAUUGGAAUAUAAUUAUGUGGAUAACUUUGUAUAAACACAGUUAAGUAUAAAGCAACCAACAAAACGUUUUCCACGUGUGAUCUGGUUAGCUCAUUUGGCGAGCAUGUAUAGUAGCAUGAAGUGGUAGGGCAUGUAUAUAGGUUCAAAUCUCCUACACCGGAGCACGCCCAAGCAAGUCCUAAAAUAGUUGCGAAAGAAGGUACUGUAGUUGUUGGGAAUACUAUAGGUCGAUUAGAUCUUCAGGUCUUCUCGGAUAAAGGCGUUGCUCCUAGAGAGUGGCAAGACUACAUUCACAAUACGCCGGAGCGAAAUAAUCACGCCACGGGUUUUUGCUCACACAUCAGUGAGCUAUAUUUAACAGUUAUUCUACGACCUCGAGUCGACUAUCGACGAGAGUGAGUGGAAUAACUGUUUUAUUAUAUACACAAGGUCUGAAUUCACAGACUUUGCGGAUAUUUUCAAUAUUUUUCUAUUUUGUUUAUGUUUUUAUCUUCGCUCUUUCCGCCAAUUAUUGUUUCAAAAAUAUAUAUUUUUAACUAUUUUAAAUUUUAAAAAUUCAUUUGCUAACCUGUAAACAAUUUGAGAGAGUUUUUUCAUUUUGUUUUUAAUCUUGUAAAGGCUAUUAAAACGGAACAACUUGCUGUUUUCUCGUUCGCAAAACGUCGGAAAUUCAGUUUGAGCCGCCAUUUUGUUUUUCUCUACUAGCAGGAUAUGAGCUAAUAUCCUGCUAGUAGAGAACCAAUCAGAUUGCAGAAUACCUCAUAUCCAGACCUUGUGUAUAUAAUGAAUAUAUAUAUAUAUUUGGAGUAAGAACUUCAGUCAUUCGGACUAGGAGAAAAGUGAAGCCAAGAUGGCGGAAUUGACGUUCAAUAGCUCUGAAGGUUGUUAACAAUUUUUAUACCAUUCUUCCCAGCUAAUUCCAGUUUUUUCUAACAGACCUUAUCGCUAAUCAAGUUAUUAGUUUAUAAAACCAUAGUAAUUACGAAACUUCGGCACACUACUUGCAGACCGCGCAGACCAAAACAAGAAGAAAGGGACUGAAACUGACGUCCAAUAGCUCCAUCUUUGACUUCAUUUUUUGGACUCGAGUUCUCGCUCCAGUAUAUAUGGAGCUCACUGCUUCACACACUAAGUCGUUAGAGUUUCGAUGCGGUUACGCAAAACGAGCUCACAUAGUGAAAAAAAUAAUUAAAACAUACUGUGCCGCUGUUCACACACCGCUGCCAAGCACUCCAUUUUCACCUCGGUCCGCUGUGCUCAAAGUGACGUUUUCAAACAAUUUCGCUCCUGCAUAGUGUGAACGCGACGGCUAACUGUGACUUUUCCGCGCCGUUUUCAAACCGCUCCAGCGUAGUUUAAAAACAUUGAUCUCAAUAUUCAUAUUGUAUUCACAAAUGUCUCCUUUCUUUCAGGAGGUUGGUAAAAACUGGCAUGAUAUUUUAGAUGAAGACGACUCGGAAAUGAAUCGUAAAUCCAAAUACGAGUAUGUGUUUAGUAGUCUUUCACUUCUUUAAUUUUAGUCACUGCAGUAACUAUAAUAUCUACACAUGCACAGUCAGACUAUUAGCCUUUUCCCAAAAAAGAUCACAGUGCAUUCUAGGGUCGUUUGGAGGGACAAAAUAUAUGGUGACAGGCGUCAAAUAUGUGAAAGAGUAGAAGUAUCUACUAUCAAAAUCAACUUUUCAGACGACCAAAAAUGAAAUAUCUCCUUUUUACAUUAAACAUUUAAUUUAAAUGUGUGCUGCCAUAUUUCGUCUCCCUCCAACAUGGGAUUUGCGCGACUAGACCCAGGACUUUGGGAAGUGGCUAAUUCGGAUUGCAGUAUGACGUAUCAUCAAAAAUAAUCCGCCAUUUUGGGUGGCAAAAAUCUUUCAUUCAACCGAGUACUACACAGCUGUAGAUCAUUAUAACUCUUCAACAUGCUCAACCGAAAGCAACAGCAUCAGUCAGUGUCACAGUCUUGCUUUGACGCCAUGUUUGCUUUUAAUUAUUUUUAAUUUGCUACCCAAAAUGGCGGAAGUCAACAAAUACGUGUUAUGACGUAACUUGCAAGAGCCCGAUAGAAGCAAGCUCGUCUUUCUGAAUUUUCAAUUUGUGUAGAACUUGGGAAGAUUGGCAAGAGGAAUCUAUCCCUAUCCAUUGUUUAUUUUGUGAAGUGACGUCACCCUCCACGCAGGAUAUACUGACCCACAUGAAUGUAAAGGAAUUUUCUCGUGUAUAUUAUAGCUGUUAUAAAAUUUGUACUCAUGCAGUUGAUAUUUCAAGUAUCGAAAUUGGUGUUUUGAAGAGUAACUCUAUUGAAAUGAAAUGAAAGAAAAAUGAACCGCAAUUUACACUACAUACCAUAUAAAUAACUGAUGUAGCUACAAAUUCUAGCUGUUGAUGAAGAUAUAUCACACAAUGUUCACUGAAAUCACCAAAGUCGCGGACACGUCGCAAAAUAAUGGAAAAGUGGAAUUAAGUUACAUGCCAACUGCAUGUCUAAUUUGCUUAUUAAAAAGGAUAUAAGACUUUCACAGUUGAAAAACCUUGCAACAACAUUUGUUAAUCAUGCAACUAUCUAUCAAAUAUUUUGAUAAUAUUUUGGGGAACGACUGCCUCCGUUUGCCGCCAUGCCCCACCUCUUCGGCCUCUUGUGUCCGCCACUGCAGAAUCCGCACUGAGUUUGCGUUCGCUAAAAGUAAAUCUUAACCUUUUGUUGGUUCUGUACAUACGUCAAUGACAAUGCCUCGAGAAUUUUCUAUAUACAUAUACGUACUGUACUUUCGUCAGUGAAUUAUAAAAUGAGGUAUCCUUAAAUAUGCAUAUUUCGGUUCAUUUUUCUUGUUUCUUGAAUACAAAACACUUCCCGCCGGCCUUUCCUGCCCAUUUUAUAAAUAUAAAAGUAUACUGUUCUUGUUUUAAGAAAUGUCACAAUUUUGAUUUGCUGAAGAUCAAGAAAAAUCAGGGUAUGUUUCAAUGAGAAAACUAGGAUGCUACAUACAAAAAAUUGCACAAUGCAAUUAUUAACAUAUAUUGAAUGAGGUUGAUGUUUGUGUUUAUCGGCUGAAGAUGAAAACUGAGCGGAUAACACAAAAAGAGGCGUUGGUAAUUCUGCAUAUCAUGUAAAACCGAAUUCAAUGAUUGCUUCAUUUUCUUGUCAUUUGCAGAAAAUCCACAUUCCUUUCUUUUAAAUAUUUGUCGAAAAAUAUUCCAGGGGCCGUUUAUUCAAAAGCUGAUUAUAGCUUAACAGAUGGUUAACUAAAAAAUCAAAGCAAACUUUCCAACAGUUCAUUAACUUGGAAAUAUUUCUUCAGAAAUCUUUUCUGGAUCAAUGGGAUGGAUUUUUUUCUGAGGUUUUGAAACAAACAGACGUGCAGAAAUACACGAACUAAAACAGCAGGUUAAAUUUUAACCCAGGUUAGCGCUAAUCCAACUUUGAACAACCGGGCUUUGGUCGCUGUCUUUAUUUUUUAAAAUGCUGCCUUCCUUUCGAUACUCUACAAGUAUAAGAGUACAUUUUUGUAGAGUACAUAAAGAAGACAAAUUUUAGUUAUCGCGUUCAGUUUAGUACAUUAAACUGUGUAACCAUAACGCAAGCUUAAAAAACAGCUAUUUCAAUUAAGGUUGUCCACGAGCAAAGCGGAAAAGUCGAAUACGAGCGCGAAAGGCUGCUGGGAACCGCUUUGAAAAUUCAUUAAUUUGUUAGCGAUUCCCAGCAGCCUUUCGCGCUCGUAUUCGACUUUUCCGCUUUGCUCGUGGACAACCUUAAUUGAAAUAGCUGUAUAUACGCCAGCAAAAAAAUGUAGUUGAUUUUUUUCGGCAUCUUGAAUGUUAUUUGCGGUAACGUUGUAACAAUUAUUGAUUCGUAGCUUUUCAUUAAUUUGUGUUCAGGUUUAAAUUUUUAUGAAGAAGUCAAAAUUGUCAAUUAUAUCCGACGACAGGUACAUGUUAUUGUAAUUCUCAUGAGACGACUAUUAAGAUCCUUGCGUUUCACAAGCUACAUACAACAUUCGCGGCUCGUAUUGUAUCAGACAUACAACGGCUGCUCAUGUAUAAAUACAUAAACCUGAAAUAUUUCAUCAUCUCGCAUGCAGUACUGUAAAUGCACCUGAGUUUUUGCUAUUUUGCUUUAAAUUUAGGUUUACAGCUUCAAGUGUAUAUUUUGCAAAGAGAAGUUCAAUUCAAAGGAGGCUCUACUACGUCAUCUAGAAGAAAUGUGUCAUUUUGAACUUCCUGACAGAAAAUACAGUUGGGAUCAACCUCAGUAAGUAAUGACAUACAGUAUAUGUUGGUUUGAAAUGUAUAGUAAUGAUAUUUUAGCGACACAUUAACUCUGUCUCUGCAUUUGCUUAGUCAAGGACUCUUGAUAUGAUGUCACAAAUUUUGUCUUGCGAUGAGCUUUUUUCUCUAGUUCUGUUUCAAUACGAUGUUGUACAAAGCUUGGACCCCUCGUUUUCUUUGGAUUUAGUUAAUAUUUCCAAUUCCCUUAUAUAUUUUGAUUCUUAUCGUUGAGCUUGUUAUUUUUAUGCAUGAUUUUAAUGGCAUUUGUGAAUCUAGUGAAAUCUGUCUAUGGAGAUGUCUAUCACAUUUUUUGUUUGAAUUUUGCGAACGGUCAUGCAAAAUCCUGAUAAAUAUCGAUUCUGUGCAGAUUACCAUCUAGUCUCUAAUGACAGUUCGUAAAUUAUGUUCUUGUUUUAAAAAUAAAAGCGCAAGAAAUUUCGAAAUUAUACCUUCAAAUUAUGCUCCCUUUUAAGCUUUCAAGUUUUGACAUUUAAAGCGUACCGUUUUCAGAGCUUCAGAUGCGGCGCUCUUUAAAAAAAUUUGAUCUCAAAUGCGGCGCUCAUUCAAGGGCGGCGCUCGAUCGAGUAAAUACGGUAUGCUUACCUACUGUAAGUUGCUGUAAGUAUUUAUUUGCCAGAAUACGAAUAAUGUUAUAAACAUUCUAACGAAAGUUCCUAAUUAUCGUUAUCAGAUAUUUUUUUCCAACGUUUGAGAAUGACGGUCUUCUUUGUGGCUUACCCGACGACGAGGACGAGGACGAAGUCGAUGAUAAUUUCUGUGAGAAUACUGCGUGUGGAAAUGAUGAUGGUGUUAACGGUGCGAUUCAUGAUAGCCAGAACUACUCACACCAUGGUAACAUUAGACAGUAUUCUGAAAUUAAUUAUGAUGUCAAGAAUGAAAAUACUGGUGGUAUUAAUAUUUGUGAAAAAGACGAUGAUCAUGUUGGUAAUGUUGGUUUGGUCUGUGACCAUGCUAUGGUUGGUAAUGAUAAACAACCAGAUAACAAGUGUGGUAGUGAUGAUUGUGGUGAUGAUGGUACGCAUGCUAAGAAUGUUAAGCAUGGUACCGAAAACGAAGUCAACCAGGAGAUUGGCUUUCCUGCCGUGUUGGUCAACAAUGAUGAUGGUUGUGAAGUCUGUGACCAUACUAUGGGUGGUACUGGUAAACAACCAGAUGACAAGUGUGGUAGUGAUGAUUGUGGUGAUGAUGGUACGCAUGCUAGGAAUGUUAAGCAUGGUACUAAGAACGACGUCAACCAGGAGAUCGACUUUCCUGUCGUGAUGGUCAAUAAUGAUGAUAGUGAACUCUGUGACCAUGCUAUGGGUGGUACUGAUAAACAACCAGAUAACAAGUGUGAUAGUAAUGACUGUGGUGAUGAUGGUAUGCAUGGCAGGAAUGUUAAGCAUGGUACCAAAAACGAAGUCAACCAGGAAAUUGGCUUUCCUGCCGUGAUGGUCAACAAUGAUGAUGGUGAAGUCUGUGACCAUGCUAUUGGUGGUAGUGAUAAACAACCAGAUAACAAGUACAGUAAUGAUAGUGGUGAUGAUGAUGGUGAACAUGAUGGGAAUGUUGGGCAUCAUUCUAAGAACAAACUCGACAAUGACUCGCAUGCCAUGUUGGUCAAGAGUGAUAAUGGUGGUGAUAAGAAUGCUGCUAAAACCGGCUGUGACAACAAAAAUGCAGAUUGCGCUGGUAAUGCCCAGGCGUGCGAUUCCUGUGAUAGUGAGAACAGUAAUACCAGACAAUAGAACCAAGAAUCAUCCGCGUGAAGACAAUAGAGAGGUUCAGAUUUAACUUCCACUACCGCUGCCACUACAUUUCACUGCCGUAUUGUAUACACAUCUGAUUGGUUAAUCGGAUAUAUCAAACGCAUCUGAUUGGCUAAUGGUCCCUUAAUGGUAGUGGUAACAGAUAGUGGACGUCAAAUCUGAACCUCGCUAUUUGUGAUCAGAAAGACGGAGUGUAAAGCAGACGAGAUUAAGAGAGCUGCAUUAAUAAAACUUUCCCUAUCAAAGACUUCCUCUACAGCACAUUGCUGAAAUAGUCGAACGAGAGUACAAUGCAGCCCGCGUGCAGCGAACUUCUAUGAUCAAAACUAAAUGACAAUUGAGUGGUGCCUACUGUAGCUUUGCUUUCCUUAUCGGAAUUACGAAAUGUGUACUUGGCGGGUCAGGAAAGGACAUCAACGUAUUUGACGUUAGUGAAUGAAGGCAGGAGAACAAACUUUCACCAAUUAUCCCCUUAUUUCCUCUUCUAUUCCCUUGCUUAUUCUCACCCCAGGAAGCCACAGAAUUGUUUUGCAUUAUAGGAUAUGAGGUAAGCAAGGGGAUAAUUGGUGAAAGUUUGUUUUAUCUUCACGAACUAGCUUUGCUUGUAGUUAGUAUACAAUAGAAUAUAGAAGGAAUAAAGUUUGGUAUAUUGUUUUAAAACAUGCAACCACUCCACGUUGGUUUGUGUAGGCUAAUGCAUUUGCGUCACAACAAAAAUACUGGGGCCAGUUGUAUAAAAAAGUGAUUAAAGUUAAUUAUAGUUAGUGGAAACGUCAUCCAAUAAGAAGCGCGUAUUUGAGAGUUAAUCACUAUUUAACUACAAAAUAGUAAUUAGAAAAGUGCUUAAGAGUUUUGUACAACCGGCCCCUGGACAAUAUUGUUGCGACCCAGUUUAUUUUACUAGACUGCGAGCGGUCCCUCGGGAGAAAGGAGGGACUGCUGACGCAACAGAUAAAGAAACGAAAUACAACGCAAAAUUCCCAUUUGUUGAAACCAAUAUGCCUGUCAAUCGAAUCUGAUACGUAAUUAUGCUAUAAAUAAUUUCCAGACUUGAAUGUUGUAUAACCAUGACAUGCUUAAAUGAGAGGUUCCUAUUGGAUAGAUUUAAAUGGAUAUAACUGAUGUUUACGCAAAGACGGAGCCAACUUGACAAGAGCGAAAAAAUGGGCAUAUAUCGUUUUUACCUUUCCCCAUCGCACGUAAUAUCGCCCGGGAUAUCUAAACCAUCGCUCGUAAUUUUUACAGAACCUUACUACAAUUGAAGAAAGUUAUCCAAACCAUAUCCCAUUAUCCACAAGCUCCCAAAAACUUGCCAGGCUCUUUAUCUCCCGUCCACUCUUCGUAUUCGGCGUAGUGGAAAGAGCCUGGGUACGAGGUUGCGUAUUCGAGUGGGAAUGGAAGAGCCUAGGUUGCGAGGUUACAUUGCUCACACGAAUUCAAUAUUAAUCAUUGCCCAUGCAGGAGAUAAUUGACACACUCGGAUUAGGUCCAACGUUGAAAUGUAAGACAAGCAGAACGAAAUAUUGGAUAGUAUGCGUAUUUUAUGGAGCAUAAUCAAACUCAUUCUUUGUGGCGUGUUGGCUUUGUCACAAAUACGCAUAUUAUACAUUUAUAUUGCAUCACAAAAUAAUUUUCCAAGUGUUAUUUAUUAUCAGUAUUCUAUCUAUGUACAUCAAUUAUUAUACAAAUUAUGAUUAAAUAUACAGACAGUAUAUCAGCUGCACCUAUUACGAAGAUACAGUUACAAUAUUUUAGAAAGAAUCUCGAAAACGCAAUUUGCGCAAAUUUAAUCCAUUUUUCUAAAUUUGUAUUCAAUGUGCACCAUUAGUUUAUUCAGUAAUUUGAUUUUUUAAAUUAAAUGUGGUCUGGAUAACGUAGGAAACCAUGUUGUGUAAUGCGAUAAGGUAGGAAAUCGUGUUGAAUAAUGUAAUAUGUUGCAUGUGUGUUAUUUAUAUACAAAUGAAAUUACCUCUAUAUCAUAAGUCAAGUCUUAACGUGUAUAUGAACAGAAAAUUAUUGUCUUAAAAAUCUCUUUAAAAUAAUAGAGACAUUACAGUAAUAAUUUAUUCAUCCAAUGUAAAGUGCAUGCAUGCAUGCAUGACGCCAGUUUUGAAUUCAAUUAUCCACAAAUUAAUAUUGAAGGGGAUUUUGUACACACGUAAAAACGCACACAAGUUGUAACAAACCUGCAGCAGACUUGUAGCAAUGCUGUUCUAACAACUUGUCAACAGGAUGUGUUCACACUGCUUGUUCCCAGCUUGUUGCUCAAGGUUGUUGAGCUCAACAGACUUGUUCCAAUAACUUGUUAUCGUCCUGUAAUUUAACAACUUGAUAACAAGUUGUGAGUGACAUUGUCACCUUGUGUAGUAACUUGAUAAAAUAACAACAUUGUUACAACUUGUUGACAAGCUUGCUAUACAAGCCUGUUGCGAACAUAUCUUGUUGACAAGUUGUGAGAUUUUUAUGCGUGUAGAUGGAAAUCUCGAGUGUAACUUAAAAUUACAAAUUACCCUAAUUCUGAACCCCCAAAAUCCUAACCCUAACUUACGACUAAACCGGAAAUACACCCGUUUAAUAUUCUGUUCGUAUACACGAGGGGCAUUUCACUCCAAAAAUCCCGUACACAGAUCCGGAAAAUCCAACAGAUUUUCUCUUCAAAAAUCCGCUAAAAAUCCGGGAAAAAUCCACUAAAAAAUCCGUGGAUUUUUAAAAAUCCGAAAAUCCCGUACGCUUCGUCAAAAAAUCCGCAAAAAAUCCGAACAAAUCCGGAAAAUCCAAACAAAUCCGGAAAAUCCAACAGAUUUUCUCUUCAAAAAUCCGGGAAAAAUCCGCUAAAAAAUCCGCGGAUUUUUAAAAAUCCGAAAAUCCCGUACGCUUUUUUGGAGUGAAAUGCCCCUCGCGUAUACAAACAUCGCUAUGUAGUUUACACGUACCACAGGCAGUAUUAAAUAUUUAAAUCGCUGAGGCUAAGCGACUAAUUUUCCUUGGUGGGGCUUUCGGUCUAGUUUGCUUGUAUAUAUCAUUAAUAUGUUCAUGGUUUGAAUUUAUAUCACACUCAGUGAUGUCUGUAGUGUCAGCAAUCUCAGUAUUUUCAGCAAUUGUUUGUUGCAUAUCCAUAUCUUCUUCAUCAAAAAUAUGAUUUGAUGUAUCCUCAUUACUAUUACUUUCACUGUUUGUUCCCGCACUCUCACUGUCCGUGUCCAUCCGACGAUGAUACUCAAUGUUUUCGUUGUUUCGUUUUCUGUUGUCAGCUGGAGAAUUAUUUUGGCUUUUCUCCUGUUCAUUUUCUUGCUCUAUCAGUUCAUUCCAUUUGGUUUGUGCGUCUCUUAGCUUUGUUAUCCAGAUGUUCUAAACGAGUGAAGAUCUAAUAAGUACGCUGGCUAAUAGAAUGCAUGGUUUUGCGUGCAACGUGAACUUGCAAUCCUGAAAAUUCUGAAAUGUUUACAAUGACUAUUUGUUAAAAUUUAGCAGAAAACGCUAUAUUCCAUUGAAAGGAUUUUGCACAAUUUUUUAAGAAAACAACCAUAAUCAUUUUCAAGGCGGGCAUUCAUUUGCGGGACACUUGUGGUUUUAGAUCAUC